UUGUUGUGUUGAUUUACAGAUGGUGACGUUGUUUGUGUGACGAAUGUGCGAAAGUGAACUCAAGCGAACGUUGAUCACUUCCUGCAAUGACACGUCAACCAGACGGAACUAACCUGUCAGUUCAUCGGGUCCGCGCUUUUGACGAAAAUGGGGGGUUUCUUCUCUAGUCUGUUCUCUGGCUUGUUUGGUACCAGAGAGAUGAGGAUUCUGAUCCUGGGUUUGGACGGUGCAGGAAAAACUACCAUUUUGUACAGGCUGCAGGUUGGAGAGGUGGUCACCACAAUACCUACCAUCGGUUUCAAUGUUGAGACGGUCACAUACAAGAACCUGAAGUUUCAGGUGUGGGAUCUGGGAGGACAGACGAGUAUUAGGCCCUACUGGCGGUGUUAUUACUCAAACACAGACGCGGUAAUCUACGUCGUCGACAGCAGCGACCGGGACAGGAUGGGCAUCUCCAAGUCUGAGUUGGUGGCCAUGUUGGAGGAGGAAGAGCUGAAGAAGGCCAUCCUUGUGGUGUUUGCCAACAAGCAGGACAUGGAGCAGGCGAUGACACCGACUGAAGUGGCCAACGCACUGGGACUUCCUGCCCUCAAAGACAGAAAAUGGCAGAUCUUUAAAACCUCAGCCACCAAGGGCACAGGCCUGGACGAGGCUAUGGAGUGGUUGGUGGAUUCUCUGAAGAGUCGACAGUAAAGGCUACCCAUUCUGUAAAUACUCCUGACCUCUGACCCCGCUGUAUGAAGCCUUGUGAUCGACCCAGUCCUCAUGCACCCCUCCUUUCUUUUGGACCAGUGAUUGCACGCCUACUUGUUUCUGUCUCCCCCUGCAGCCUUGGUCAAACCCUUCUGUGCUUAACACCUUUGAAGCCUGGGACUGAGAAGAGAAGGCUGCAGUAACAUCUGGAUUGAAACCAAACCCUUCAGAUUGCGGUCAUGAACAUUAAAACCGGCCUUACUCUGAUCACAGGGAGUAAUUUAGGGGUUUCCUGUAUUGUUUCUAAGCAUUUGUACCAAUUAUAAUCUAAUAAUCUGCCAGAAACACCCAUCUAUUAAAAAAAAAUUACCAGGUUUACAUACAGAUCUAUAAAUGGGAACCUAAGUAUUGAUUACAUAUCUCUGGGAAUUUGUUUAUAAUCAGGUAUUUUGUCUAAAGUGUUACUGCAGCCUGGGCGGUUCUGGUCAUGGAUUUCUGCUUUUUCCUUCUAUUCAUUUGUGUUGAUUCAAUACUUUAAGGGUUUGUUUUUCACAUAACGGAACUCGAGUUCAGCUUUGGCACAUUGGUGAGUUACUGAACACUACGUGUAUGCUUAAACUUUUAUGGCUGCAUAUUUAUAUCUGCUUGUACAGUAAAAUUGAUUCUCAGUAAAGACUUCAACGAUA